CUGGGGGCUUACCAUAAACUUUAAGAAAACCAUGAUAGUUUUCGCCCGUUUUGUUUCAAGCUUAAAAUAAUGUUGUUCCAAAUCAUACCAUGAACUUUUAAAACAAGAUUGUUUUAUUCCUGCUUAGUGUUGUGAAAGAACGAAGGAUUUAUCUAUUCCCUGGCGAUUGUGAAAGCGAGACACAAGAUGUGUUUCGUAUAGCUGCGUCACUUUUACGCAGUGUUCCAAUUGACUCUCAUGGAGCUCUCAUGACGACAAUACGAAAUUUUAAUUUCAUAAUCUCAUUUAUAAAAUAUGUGUUUUAAAAGUUAAUAAGUGUAUAAAAGGUGAAUAAAGUAUUAAAGUAUUAAAUCUUAAUCAUUAAAACAAAAUAUGGCUUUUGAAUUACGUUUCCAAGUGAAAUUGUGUACCAUACUACAGGCAUCAUUCGGAACAUUUUUUGACGUCACAACAAAACAGUCGGCGCGGCCACUCAAAAAGUCUCUGUGCUUAUUCGAAGUAAAGAAAAUAAUUUGUAUUUUUAUUAAAACUAUGUCUAAUUCCAACGUUAGGAAUCGUCGCGUUUCUAUGAGGCAGCUUGAACUUUUGUGGGAAUUCUUAAAUUCUAAUAAAGACAUUGCGACUGGUUUUAACCGCUCCUUACAGGCGAAAGAAUAUUCGGCUAGGAAAUGGCAAGAAAUCGCCGAAAUUCUAAACGCACAAGGAGAUGGUGCACUCAAAGAUGGAAAAAUGUGGUCAAAGUACUGGGUGGAUUACAAGGCAAAAUUAAAAAAAAGGAAUGCCGCUCUACAUUCAUCCAGACGGCGAACCGGAGGAGGAUCAGCUAAUGAGCCACCUUUGUCCCAAAUAGAGGAUAAAUUUUUAUCCAUACUAGGAGUAGAUUUUGGUCAAGGUAUGGCUGGAAUCAGAGUGGAUCCAUUAACAGAGGCACAUACUGCAGUAUAGGUCGCGCGGUGGUUAAAGAACGCUCGGAAAAAAUAGUGGGGGCAAACGGCGCAUGUGUACAUUCGCGCUCAAAAAUGCUAAGGGAAAUGUUUUUUUUUAUUUAUUUAAUACUAGCUGUUGUCCCGCAACUUCGCCCGCGUGAUUUUCCAAAAAAAGUAGCCUAUGUUUUAACUCGGUUAUUUAACUAUGUAUAUCCAUAUCUUAUAAUAUACUUAUAAUGUUAGUAUGGAUUUUGUGCCUUAUAAAUACUUAUAAUCCCUACUUAUAUUAUAAAUGCGAAAAUGUGUAUGUGUGUAUGCAUGUUCAGUUUUCACACUUAACCUGACCUGGCUGAACCAAUUUUGAUGAAAUUUGACAUAGUUAUAUUCAACCGUGGACGGACAUAGGGUAGGGGCGACUUGUACUGUUUGAGAAUUGAUAUAUUAUUUUAAGUUGUCGCGUACAAAUACGAUAAAACAAUUUGUGCGCAACAGUACCCAAGAGACACGGGACGCGCGAACUCAACGCGGGAAGUAAAGAGUGACUAAUCCACCAAUACGUGUCGCCGUCGGCGCACACCCGCCCCCCCUCUCUCCUCGUCGCACCAAAUAGACCUAAAAAUUGAUCACUGCG